AUGGGGAGGGAGGCAGUUCGGCGAUUCGUAGAACUGGCGAUUCCAAACCAUGCAAUCUGUAAGCCGGAGAGGUCGAAGGGAGAGGACGUGGGCAUGGGCAACUGUCUACAAAAAGUGGGCAUUAAGAUGGGCGACACCCGAGACCAUCUUGGGCAGGGGAGGUUCUGGCAAAGGCAUCCAGCAACGGUUCUAAGCAGACCGCUCGAUAGGACAAGGCAUUCGUACUACCCUAUUUCCCAGGGCGACCGGCCCCACGCCUGCUGCUCGGCCACCCUCAUCAGUUUUCACAAGUUGUCGGUUCCAGAACUCUACAUGCUGGACUAUCUUAUCUACAAAAUCCGGGUCUUUGGGCAUAUCCCUGCCUUGCCCCUCAAGCCUGCCCUGCCACCAGACCUUAGCGUCGUUCCGGAAAAUACGAUCCAGAAAUACAGAGAGUAUGAAGCUCGCCAGUUGCAGAGAACGGAAUCCUCGACCGAGAUACCGAGUAGUGAGGUGCCGGAAUAA